AUGGCUGACCUUAAGGAAUUGUACCUCCAAAAAUGUGGCGACUUCGCAUGUGAACCUAUCACGCCCAUCUUAGAGGCUCUUAAUGCACGGCGUCCCCUGGACGUCAUCGCCCUCGAUGGGAAGACCAAAGCCUUGUUUAACAACCGCAUCAAGCCCAUGCAGGUCAUUGCGCUGUGCGAGACGCUGUACGAGUACGGCGGUCUCAGCGUGCUGCGAUUGUCGUACAACUUCUUGAACGACAUGGCGAUGAACAGCGGGCUGCGCAUGCUGGACCUCACGGGCAAUGAGGCGACGGGGGAGGGCGCGGCCGCGCUGGCAGGGGUGCUGACACGGCCAGAGGCCAGACUGCAGGCGCUUGUGUUGCGGAAUAACCCGCUGGGGGACGCGGGCGUGCUGGAGAUUGCGGAAAUGCUCCGGAGCAACUCCUCGCUGACGAUGUUGGACUUGGCUGACACGCACUGUGGCAUCCAGGGGGUCAUUGGGAUCUCAAAUGCUCUCACGGAUGGUAACAACACGUUGAAGAUUUUGGACCUGGAGGACGCCCAAGUGCAUGCACAGGGCCCGCAGGACAGCACCUACCAGCACCUGAUUCGCAUGCUGGCAGUCAACACCUCCCUUACCGACCUGUCCCUCGCCAAGCAGCGCAUGACGGACCCCCAAUUCGAGCAGCUGGUCACGUAUGGGUUUGCGAAGAGCAGGGCGGUGUGGACGUCGCUCUCCCUGAGGGGAAACCGCCUGUCGCCCUUCGCGGGUCCCGCCCUGGAGCGCCUUUUGUCGCUGUGCCCCCGCCUGCAGCGUCUGAACCUGGCCUCCAACGCCCUGGGUAACGAUGGUGCUGUUAGUCUGUCUCGAUGUCUGGCGUACUGUGCGGAGCUGAGGGAGCUGGACGUGAGGUCCAACGGAAUCGGGGAUGUGGGCCUUAUGGCGCUGGCAGGGGUGCUGCAGCUGGUACACACGAUGGAGCUGUUCAUGGUGUGGGGCAACAACUUCGGCCCGGGUGCCUGUCGGGCGAUGGCGGACGCGUUAUCACACCCCGCGGCUCGCCGCUUGCGCACUGACGUACGGCCGUACACCGUGGAUGGGGAGGUCAGUCUGGCGCUCCAGGAGGUCUGA